CAAAGUUCAGUUAUUUCCCUUUUCAACGAGAAAUCGUACACAAAAACACGUGUGACAUGGGAGGAGAGAGGAAAAAGAAGUAUGAACGAGGAGAAGCUACAGCGUUUAUGUCCAGAAAUCAAGCUGUCAACAAACUUCAGCUGACACUGGCAGAUUUCAGACGCUUAUGCAUUCUGAAAGGAAUAUAUCCUCAUGAACCCAAACACAAAAAGCGAGUAAACAAAGGAAGCACCGUUCCAAAGACGUACUACCUAGUCAAAGACAUCAACUUCCUGGCUCAUGAACCAAUCAUUAACAAGUUCAGGGAGUUCAAGCACUUUGUAAGGCGUCUUAAGAAGGCCAUCAAUAAAAGAAACAAAGAUGCAGAGCAAAGAAUCCGCAGCAACAAGCCCAAGUAUAAAGUUGACCACAUUGUGAAGGAAAGAUAUCCUUCAUUUCAAGAUGCACUGGGAGACCUUGAUGAUUGUCUGUCCAUGUGUUUUCUGUUUGGCACAAUGCCACAGAGUGCACGGAUACACAUGGAGUACAUCAACCAUGCCCGGAAACUCACAGUGGAGUUUAUGCAUUAUAUUAUAGCAUCACGAUCACUAAGAAAGGUUUUCAUUUCCAUAAAAGGAAUAUACUAUCAGGCAGAAGUGAUGGGACAGCCUUUGACUUGGGUGGUACCUCACAGUUUAGGAUUUCAGCAUCCAGAAGAUGUGGACUACAAAGUGAUGCAGACUUUUGUAGAACUUUACACAACAUUACUGGGAUUUAUAAACUACAAGCUCUACCACAGCCUGAACUUACACUACCCACCAAAGCUAGAGUUGGAGACAGACGCCCCUGCUGAUGAGAGUGAGGAAAAAAUGACAGAAAAGGAACGAUUUCAAGAGAGAUUAUCAGCCUUUUCUCAGUCUCUGAAGUCUAUAGACGAGGGUGGGGGAGAGGAUGAGGUUCAAUUAGACGAGUUUCCUGCCACUGAGACUGAUGACCCAGAUCGAGUUGAGAAAGCUAAAGUGGAAGCUGAGAGAGUGAAAAAAUUACAAAAUUUAUUCAAAGGAAAGAAAUUCUUCCUAAAUAGAGAGGUACCCAGGGAAACAUUAGUAUUCAUUAUCAGGAGCUUUGGAGGAGAAGUAUCCUGGCAUAAGUCUGUUGCUGUAGGAGCGACAUUCCCAGAGUCUGACGAAACCAUUACACACCAGAUCGUGGACAGACCUCAGACAAAGAACCAAUAUCUCUCCCGGUACUAUGUACAACCACAGUGGGUGUUUGACAGUGUGAAUGCUAAUAGUCUGGUCCCAGUUGAGCACUACUUUCCAGGGGCAACCCUCCCUCCCCACUUGUCCCCAUUUGUUGAGGAGGAGGAGGGGGAUUACAUACCCCCAGAGAGGCAGGCCAUGAUCAACAGACAGCUGGGUGUUCAGGAAGACUCCGGAGUUGAAGAGGAUGAGGAGGCAAGUGAAGAUGAAGAAAAUGAUGAUGAAGAGGACCAGGAAGAUGAGGAGGACGAAGAGGUCCAGGAAGAUGAGGAGGACGAAGAGGACCAGGAAGAUGAGGAGGAAGUUGAAGAAGAGAUGGAAGAAAGUGAAGAGGAAGAAGUGCAAGAAAAGAAACAAGGAAAGAAUAAAAGAAAACUUGAUGAGACCCCAGGAGCUGAUAAUGCUAAGAAGCUGAAUAUGUCAGUAGAGGCAGGUGCCCCAGAGAACAUCAAUGUGGAACAGAAACUGCAGCGGCAAACAAUGGAGGAGAGAAGACUAGCCGAAAUGAUGAUCCCUAAGAAAAAGAAACGUCUGUAUGACAAAAUCAUGUACGCCAAAAAGAAGAAAAAUCAGGAGACAAGAAAACUGAAGGAAAAACGUGAGGCAAUUGAAGAACAGAGGAAGGCUGGCAGUAAGAAAAAGAAGAAAGUGUAAUUGCUUCAGAACAAUGUAGGGAGGGGUAUAUUAUGAAUAAUAAAUGUCACACACAAAUAA